CGGUAGAGGCGCGGAUUCCGUAAUUAGUUGGUUAGGGGUAGAAUGACGGUAGAUGUUGAUAGCUUGCGAUAUGUAGAACUCCAGAGGCUUGCUAAAAUGCAUGGUAUCAAGGCUAACAAAAAGGCCUCUGAACUAAAGAAGGAGCUGAAAAUCCUGCUUUGUAUUCAGGAAUUUGAAAGUACCGGCACAAAGAAUGGUGAAACAGCAUCUGCCGAGUCUGUUGAGAUUGAAGAAUCUUCUUUCAGAUGUACGGACAAGCCUAAGCUUCCUGCUGACGAUCAAGAAAAUAAAGAAAAUGGCGGGAUAACGUCUACACCAAUUAGUGACGAUGAAGCUUCAGGUGUUUUAAAUCGAACGUACGAGCUAACUUCUCCUGUGGUGUGCUGCAAGAAGGAUACUAUUGAGAACCCAAUCAAGCAAUACUCAGAAUCCCAUAAAUUGUCCAUAGCUAAAAAACCAUCGGUUAUCAAGACAGUCCCAGACUUCAGUAAGAUUCAUGCUAAGGCCGCUUCAAAAUUGGAAUCAUUGGUGUCAUAUGCUUCACGGCGUAACUUGACUAGUAAACCUCGACCACCAUUUGCAUCACCGCCUUUUUUUAACAACAAUAAAAAAGUCUCGAAUUCAUCUGGUGAUAAAUCUGAGAUCUCCCAAACAAAUAUACCUCAGCUCAAGUUCAGCCUUCAGAAGAAAAUAUCAAUUCCUUUGAAUGACAAAAUCACAAUAUUAAAGGAUUCAAAUUCGGUUAAACGAAGUAAAUCACUUCUUUCUCCUCUCUCAUCUAAUGAAAUUAGUACAACUGUAAAUAACCAACAACAGGCAAACAAUUUGGCAGCUUGCAAUCCAUUAUCGCGUAAAACUACUAAUAAAAUUCCAGCUGACAGUGCAUUUGCUCGACGUAAAGCGUAUGAUUUGAAAUAUAACCAGUCACGUCGUUUGUCCUGUACACCUCAUCGUGUUUCCAAGCAAUUAUCAAUAACUCCUCCUAAAUCGACUACUGUCGUACGACAAGAUAUUCGUAUACCUAAACCAUUUGUAAAUGUUCGUCGUAAUAAAAUGGAAUUAUCAAAGAUUUGCAAGGAAGAUCGGGCAACGUCAAGGAGACUAUUAGUUGACAAGAAUCGUGGCUUAUAAUUAUUUUAUUAUUCAUAUAUAUAUAUAUAUAUAUAUCUCUUAUCUACCUGUAUAAUAUUUAUCUAAUAUCUAAG